CCGUUCCACACCUCAACAACUGCGGCAACACCGCAACAACGACAUGAGCUCGUCGUACAAACCGACCGACCCGUCGCGUGCAAGUCCGUCUUCGCACCGCACGACCGGGGCGCCCAAUUCAAACCGCAACAGUCUCCAUGCGACACAGUCUGCACAGCUGAUGGAAGAUCUAUCCCGGCUUCUUACCGAUAGCGAUCGCACAUUUAAAAAGAAGCUUGAUGAAGAGGCGCUGCACCAACAACAUCGUCAUGUGGAAGCUCUGGAACGAGCGCUGAAGCAGCAUGAGGCUGUCCGCAAGUCGGCUGAGCAAACAUACGAAACAUUCCAGCUUGAAAUUGAGCGUCAACGGAUCGCAAGAGAGGCGGCGCAGGCGCGCAAACUGGCAGAGGAACGUCGGAAGCUUGAAGAGGCCAAGGAAGCCGAGAUAGCCCGGAUUGAGGAUGCCCGACAGAAAGAACUGGCACGUCUCAGAGACCAGGAACGACAACAGCAGGAGCGGGAACAGGCCCGGAAGAGACAACAGGAAGAGGAGGAGGCGCAGAAUAGAGCCCGUCAGCAAGCAGAGCAAGAGCGCAUUGCAGCUGAAAAGCGAGCUCAGGAACAGGCAGCCAGUCAAGAGGCAGCAGCUCGCGCGGCGCGAAAUCAGGAGCGACAGCGCGAACAACAGCAGGAAAAAGAACGGGAGCAACAGGCAACUCGGGCAGCGCAGCCAGCGAGUACACAGCAACAAGGAGUUCCAGUGGUACCCGCACAGCCCCUGUCGAGCAACAUACCUGCGGGCCUUGGGACCACACAGGCGGAGCGCCUACAAGUGCACAAUGCCUAUCUCCAGCUACAUGCACAGUGCAAGGCACUGCGUAAGGAGAUCAUGCAGAUCAAGAGCACUAAUCGCCCGAUUUAUGACAGCAUCAGGGAUCAUGCACGACAUGUCAAACUUGCUGUGGGGCAGCUUGCGAAGAACGACACGACAGGUAAUCGAAAAAGAAUUCAAACUAUUCAAGAGCACUGGACAUGGUCGAUUUCAUGCUUUCCCAACGAAACCGCAGACAUCAAUCUCUACAGGCUGCAGGCAGUACAGCCUUCACCAGUUCCCAAGGUAUUUUUGUACAUGGUCAAUCAUACAGUCAAAAUCAUCAUCAAGCAGUUGGCAUAUGAGGUCACUGUAGAUCCGGAACGUGCAGAGCCGAUUGGGAUAUUAACAGCGACGCUCUUCUCCAAGCCGGAAUUCAAGCCAAAUGGACAUUUCAUGUCGGACAUGUUCUGGGCGAAGUUCCAUAAAGUGCAUGCAACCAUAUUUGGCCUCGGCUUCAACGAGCUCACUCCGGAUGGUAGACUGGCGCUUGGAUUUAAACCAGAAAUGUACUCGAACAAAACGAUGUGGCACGAUGCUGUACGAGCUAUGUCCCGGGGAUAUGCCGCCAUCACGCUCCGUGACUUUUCACGGUCUGCGAAUGAGAAUCCUUUUCCGAACCGACUGUAUUGGGAAGCUCUGUCACGAAUUCUCACGACGCCGGUCGAGCAGCGUAUGGCGCUCCAUUACGUGACUGCAGAAGGCAUGCUCGACCCGCUCUUCAUGCCCCGCUUUAUCAAGUUCUAUGGUAACAACGCGCUCGCUGCCAUCAGACUUGGGGUCGUCGAGUUCCCCAAGCCGCCCCAUAAAGAGGGACAUGAGCUGCAGAAGACGACUCUGCAGAAGAUGCACUUCAAAUUCCAGGAACAGUUGAAUCUUCGGUUAUAGGGUAGAAAGAUAGAUACAUGCUCUCUAGGAAACCAUCCGUUGCCGAGCGAUAGAUAUCGACCUCGUCAACCUUUCCAGCAGC